CUGAACAGGGGUGUGGUGAAAAUGCUUUAGCUGGCUGAGUACAAAAUACCUUGGGCGUGGCUUUUUUAAUUCUUUCCUUAUGCUCCCAAAGGAUCACAGAAAAAGCAGGAAAAGGCAGCGGUAAGAGAGGAGCAGGCUUUGUUACAGUCAAGAAUCUCCACCGUCUCAUGUGUAGAAGGCACAAGAAGGUGGACACUCUCAGACAUGGCGACUCUCAGCAGUACUAAUGAGGAGACUUUGAAGGAGGGUCAGCACAGUGCAGAUGUAGAGGAGGAACCGAGGGAUCCUACCAUUGAAGUGUCUGAGACCCUGCAACCCCAAGAUGUGUUGUGUGACUCCUGCAUGGACAGCCCCAGCAAGGCCUUCAAAUCCUGCCUGACAUGUCUGGUGUCGUACUGCGAGGCACAUCUGAGGCCACAUCUGGAGAAUGCCAAAUUUCAAAACCAUCGUCUGGUUGACCCCCUCCACGACAUCGACUGCAGGACAUGCGAGGUUCAUCAUCUUCCGGUCGAACGCUUUUGUCUGACGGACGGCUGCUGUGUGUGUCCAGAUUGCGAGACACAGGAGCAUCAGGGUCACACGGCUGCAUCUGUAGGGGAGGCACGCACGCAGAUUGAGGCGGAGUUGCAGAAGAAGCAAGAAGAGAUCACUCAGGGUGCUGAAGCAGCUGAGAAAGCCAUUGAAAAGCUGCAAAGCAACAACGACCUGAUUAAAUCUUCAGUGCAGGAGGUUUGUGUUAUUGUUGAGGAGCAGUUCAAAAAGCUGCAGACGACCGUGGAUGAGGCCAGAAAGGGGGCGGUGGAGGUGCUGGACGGAGAGAAGAGAAAGGCACUCAAGCAGGCGGAGGGCAUCCAGGCACAUCUGGAGCAGAGGAGAACAGAGCUGAUGAAAACUGUCGCUCAAAUGAACAAACUGUCCAAGUGCAAGUCUGAUGUUGACUUCCUGCAGGAGUACUCGGAGUGGAAGAAAGGAGUGGCAGAUGUAUGUCUUCCAACGACAUACAUCAACCGCAUGGACCAUUUGACCACUUAUACUCAAGUAGUGACUGAUGUAACACAGGAGUUAUGUGACCUGAUUCUGUCGUCCUACAAGGAAAAACUGAACCUGGUGUGGAAAAGUUGUGCUAAAUCCCAGAUGCCAGAACCUCCAGCUUCAUCCCUGCCCGAUCCUGAGACACGUGAUGACUUUUUAAAAUACACAAGGAGUUUGACCUUUGAUCCAGACACCACUCAUAACUUCCUUCGCGUAAAGGAAGACAACAGGAAGCUGACCAACUCCAGCCCCUGGCAGCACAGCUACCCUGAUCACCCUUCACGCUUCGAGUACUGGCGACAGGCGAUGACUGUGGAGAGCCUUUACCUGGGGAGGCACUACAUCGAAGCAGAGCUGAGCGGGGAAGGCGCACACCUAGGGGUCACAUAUAAGAGCAUCGAUCGUAAGGGAGAGCAAAGCACGAGCUGCAUCACCGGGAAUUACUUUUCCUGGUGUGUUGGAAGGAACAGCAGAGGUUUCUUCGCCUGGCAUGAUGGCGUGGAGACUGGCUUGAAAGUCUCUAAUCUCACCAAAGUUGGUUUAUACAUUGAUUUUCCCAAAGGCACCAUGUCUUUCUAUGAUGUCACUGGUCCUAUGAGGCUUCUCCACAAGUGCGUGGCUAACUUCAUCGAGCCUUUAUAUGUCGUCACCUGGCUGUCAAAAAAAGACAACGUGGUUUCUCUGCUUGAUGCAAAAUGAUACCUUUGUUACAUUUUUCUUACAUAUCCGUAAUACAAUCUGUUCUCUCUGGUGAUCUUGUAAAAAAAAUGGUUAUAGUUAAAUAAUAAGGUAGAAAAGUAAAGGCACAUAUGCAGAAUUUUUUUAACAUGCAUGUUAAAUGUACUACCAUCGAGUGGUAACUCUGCAGUAUAAACCAUGUGUAGCUGCAGGUGUUUACUGCAGCUUUAUUGCAACUUUAUAGUUCUUGAAUGGGAUGUGAAUGAGGAAAAAGGUACACAAAUGUCAGCUGGUAAUACUUUUAUUUGUCUAAAGUCCAUUAGGUUGUAAAGGUUUAUUUGCAUUGCUGAACUAUUAUACAACUACAGGAGGAGGGCUUGUUGUUUUACAGGGUCCAUAGAAUCUUUGAGUUGAAAUUUUAGGAAUCAUUUUUAAAAAAAA